AUGUCUUGGGACUACCCAACCCUAGGACUUGAUUAUCAUUGUCGCACAAUGACACCAGCCGGAUUCGAACCACAGCCAUCUACCCAUCAGGUUCCCGCGUCGAACCCCCCCGCACCUAUGCCGGCCGUGGUGCCUGCAACACCUGCCGCUGCGUCGUCUCUCGGGGUCCCCGCCGCCGCUGCUUCGUCAUCUGGUGGGACCGUCUCCCCUGUGUCCUCCGCUGCUGCUGUCACCCCCAGCAUUAUGGUGACCCCUGCUGUCUCUCCCGCCGCCACAUCUGCUCCUGUGACUCCGGCUGCUCCGGCCGUUGUCGUUGCACCGGCUCCCGUCAUCCCCGCUGCCCCAGCAGUUAUCCUGGCUCCGGUCGCUCCGGUUGCUCCCGCUGAGAGGUUGUUGCGUUCUAUCAAUUGCAACGUUUUUCGGCUGCUUAAUGUGCAGCGUGUUGGGGGCGGUAUGGUGGAAUUGGAAGAUGACGAUGAGGAAAUCUGGGUGCUAGGGCUGGGUUGGAUCCCGCUAGACCUGGUUGCGCUACCAGAUUUGAACCACGCCUACCUGCUCACAGUCCUUAGCUUAGCUUAG